AGAAGUGUUUUAUUUUUACUUCCUGAUCAGCGCUGAAGGACGCUUGUUGAAAGCCUGAACGCGUGAACUUAUUGAUGGUGCAAGCAGUUUUUGUACCGAACAUUAGCGAACCAACCUUCAAGCCACCCGUGCAAGAGCUGCAAUCGCUGAUAGUAUCCCAGAAGACCCAAUGCGUCCCUUUGCCUGCAGCAAAACUGCUCGCCACAGAACAGAUCACUCUACACCAUACUGCCUUGCUGCGAAGGAUUUCCCAUGGUACGCAUCAAUCGAAGCCCGGGAUGACCAAGGGAUCACAGCAUGAAUCUGCCAGAUCUUUCUCUAGGGCCCCAAACCAUAUGUAAGGGGAAGUGGAUCGCCCACGACUGCCUACCCAAAAACUGCUGACCUCUUUGAUGGUACAGCCAGAAUCCAAAAGGAGCAACUCCAGAGAGCUCCUGCAUGAUGUGCAAUCUUAGUAUCUUCAUCAUUGCUGCGCCCACUUAACUAAUCUGCAACCAUGUGCCACCACCAACCAGACACAGAACUGCGAUGACGGCAGCGGUUAUUGGUAACCCUCAAUGUUCGACUUGUGCCCUCUCAAAAGGCGCAUGUCUCCGGCCAAAACACACCCCAGGAAACAGUUACCAGUACUCUGCAGAAAAUUCUCAGUACAUGACUGUGCAGUGCAAAGGAGUUAAUGAGCAUCACACAGGACUUGGUAGUGGCCACUGGCUGAUGCUGAACCCAUCAGGCAACUGCUUUGGAG